AUGUGCUGUUGUGCUGCUGCUGCAGGCAGUUCAGUAAUUGCCAUUUCCAAUUUCCAAAUAACAGGAAUCUGUUUUAGGUCAGAGGCCACUGUUGAGAGACAGAUGAGUCCUCUGCUGCAUCAUUUGCACUGGUUGUGCACUCAUGGGACUCCCAUCACACCAACCCCCUUCUUUUUUUUACGCAUGCACCAUCUGCUCACGUGAUCUGUGUGUUGCUGUACCGAGCACUGCUGUCAGCCAUCUUGGUCAACACCCACCGCAGUACAUUCACUGCGGUGCACAGGCAGUCCAAUCAGAGCAGAGGGGUGAGCUGACUGGUGGAGGGGCUGUGUGAUUUCCAGCACAGUGCUCUCUUGCAUUUUAAACCCCCUCCCGUCUGCACAAAAGGGACAACAGGAGAUUGAAAAAGGAGGUGGAGGAGGAGAAGGCAAAAGCAGCCUUCCCCAAGACGGCGGCACAUUUCGCUCAGUUGUAGGAGGGGGAAGAGAAGGAUGCAGACAUAAAGGAGAGGAGACGCAGCACGCUUUCAAACACCUGCUAAAAGCUGCUGUUGGCCUUCCCCCAUCCUCGUCUCUCUCUUCUUUCGUGCGCCUUCACUGGCCUUUGAGACAAAACCCCACUCCUGUUUUUUUUCUCCUCGGUGAUCUUUGUUUUGCCUUACAUCAGCCGAGUCAUCAUGUCUGAUCUGACGCCUCAGAGUGAAACCCCAACUCCCACCACUGACAAGAUCACACAGGCUGCCAGGGAAACCAUUUAUCUCUGCAACUUUCGUGUCUCUGUCGAUGGCGAGUGGCUGUGCCUUCGCGAGCUCAAUGACAUCUCGCUCACACCAGACCCAGAGCCGGCUCAUGAAGAUCCCAAGGAUCCCAUUGCAAUCGAAAGGCUUAACUUGAUGAACAUGGCCAAACUGAGCAUUAAGGGUCUGAUUGAGUCGGCGCUUAACCUGGGGCGCACACUUGACUCUGACUACGCUCCACUCCAGCAGUUCUUUGUGGUGAUGGAGCACUGUCUGAAGCACGGCUUAAAGACUAAAAAGACCUUCCUGGGGCAGAACAAGUCGUUCUGGGGGGCAUUAGAACUAGUGGAGAAGCUGACACCAGAGGCCGGAGAAAUCACUGCCAGUGUGAAGGACUUGCCCGGCUUAAAGACUCCUUUAGGAAGAGGACGUGCGUGGUUACGACUGGCCUUGAUGCAAAAGAAGCUCUCCGACUACAUGAAGACCAUCAUCAACAGAAAGGACCUGCUCAGUGAAUUCUACGAACCAAAUGCACUGAUGAUGGAGGAGGAGGGCGCCGUCAUCGCUGGGCUGCUCGUGGGACUAAAUGUCAUUGACGCCAAUUUGUGUAUGAAGGGAGAAGACCUGGACUCACAGGUUGGGGUGAUUGAUUUCUCGAUGUACCUUAAAGAUGGUGGACACAGCAGUAAGAGUGCAGAGGGCGAUGGUCAAAUCACAGCCAUUCUGGAUCAGAAGAACUACGUGGAGGAGCUGAACAGACAUCUAAGUGCAUCAGUAAAUAACCUCCAGGCCAAAGUGGAUGCCCUGGAAAAGUCCAACACAAAGCUCACAGAAGAACUGGCUGUGGCAAAUAACAGGAUCAUCACAUUACAAGAAGAUGUGGAGAGAGUAAAAGAGGAGAGCUCCUAUCAGCUGGAGUCCAGAAAGGCUUUAAAAAAUGACACAGCGGUGGACGGACAAGCACUGGGAGAAACACGGAAACAGCUCAAAGAGGAAACUCUGCUCCGAUUGGAUGUGGAAAAGGAGCUGGAGGUGCAGAUUGGGAUGAAACAGGAGAUGGAACUGUCCAUGAAGAUGCUGGAGAAAGACGUCUGCGAGAAGCAGGACGCUCUGGUGGAGCUCAGACAGCAGCUGGAAGACUUUCGUGCCAUCAACCAACAGCUUACCCACAAGUCACAGAGCACUGACACCAGCUCCAAACAGAAGAGUGAAGUCAUUGUUCGCCUGGAGGAGAAAAUCAACCAGAUGUCAGGGACCGUGAAACAACUGGAGACCAGAUGCAAACAGGCAGAGAAGGAAAGGGACAUGGCCUUUGAGGCCAACCGGCUCUUCAAAGAGGAGUUUGGGGACAAAAUCGAGAGUCUGCAGGUGGAGGUGGAGCAGCUGAGGAAGCACAGGGCUGUUUUGGAACAUGAGCUGAAAAAAGGACGAGAACGCAGGAGCCAGCAUCAACCUAUCAUUACACCCCGUGCAUCCAGCGCUCCUCAGAGGGAAUGGGUGCUGUCAGAGAACUUACCAAAUCAGCUCCCAGAUUCACCAUCCGUGAAUAGAGACACUGAGCAGCAGCACAGUGGACCAGAGGACAAGUCUAGUCUGAGCUCCAGUUUGACCUUGUCAAAUGAGGAUGAAGUGACGGUGCCAUCAUUUGUGAAGAUCGGUCAACCGUCCAUGUGUUCGCUGUGUGAUCAGGAAGACUCGAUUCUGAAGACAAAGAAACAGUGUAAAAACUGCAGUGGUGUUUUCUGUGAGAACUGCGUGUCCAAUGAGCUGCCGUUACCUUCCUCCAUCCAACCAGAGACCGUGUGCUCCUCCUGCUACUCCCUGUUACUCCAGCAGUAUGCAUCCACACCCACAUAAACAGCCAUAGACUUAACAAGAGGGGGAACAGGUGUAAAACUGGCUCCUUAAAAAUGCACUUUUUGGCAUGUCAUGGAAAUGUCUAAUUCCUGAAAUGGAGAUUUUAGUUUGUUGUUUAUUUGGUAGUGUCCACAUGUGAGAAAGUUUGCCAAUAAGUUGUGUGCGCGCAGGUUUUUAUUUACUCAAACAACUUAAUCUGCUUGAUAGUGCUUUAUGAGCUUCUACUGCAGGUUAGUUGCUGAUGGUUUAUUGAUGUGUAAAUGACAGAAAUCAUCUCAUGUUUUAAGAAGAGGACUUCACACAAUGUCAACCAGUUGGAGUAAAGUGACAAUAUUCUCAAUAAAGGGAAAGAAUUUCUGAAAGAGAACAUAAUGUGUGUGCAACAGAUUCACAAAUACGAUGAUGUUAGGCACAUCAUUGUAUUUGUUAAAAAAAAAGUUAAAAUGUGACAUUGUAGGCAGAUGUUUAUUUAGAGAAAUGGUUAAUUAUCUGAAAAAUUAAAAUUGCCUAUAUUUACGUCUCAUCGUGUUAUAAAAAAAUAAAAUACUGUACAUCCUUAAAACAUCAGAGAUAAAUUCAAGCCUAACAUCAGUCCUCCUUACAUUUACAUAAGAAGUAAAACAGUUGCAUGGAGGUAUCAAACACUCAGUAACUGUGUACUUUUGCCAUCAUUUUUGCACAACCUAGAAAUAAAAGGUAAAAAGACUUGUACCUGUUUUAUGAGAUUGUUCUGGGAUUGCAUAUAUUAAAUAGAUUUUAUCAUGAAAAACAAAAUAUUUUCCCCACACUUUUAGAUAAUUCAAGGAUAAUUUCUCUGCAUUUUUGUUUUUUGAUUUAACGUUACAAUCAUACAUCACUGCAGGACUUGGUUUAUGCUUCAGUUAUGCUGAUUUCCAUUUUUUCCUGAGUAUUUUAUCAAAUCAGUGCACUUAUUACACAAAUGAAUUCCUCUUUGCGUGACUUGUGUGUAAAGAGGGGCUUAGCAUUUCAUCGUUACCAUGGUUGUUUUGAAUGAAGAAUAAUUACAAGUUCAGCAAAUUCAGUGUUGUCUUAAGCCAGUUACUAUGCAAUAUUGAAAUGCUUAUUAGUUUAAUUAAAGUUUUAUUAUGACCUC